AUGAAGCCAUACGACGGAACUGCUGAUCCACAGGAACAUAUCGCAUUGUAUUUGGAGAAAAUGGAGACUGUGCCCAUUCCCUACAACCUGAAGGAAGCAUGCUUGUGCAGAAGCUUUGGUUCCACAUUAUCUGGCUCAGCCUUAAAAUGGCUGCAGAGUUUGCCCCCUCGAUCCAUAAACUCUUUUGCUGAUUUAACUAAUUUAUUUUACAGUCAAUUUUCAUGCAGUAGAACUUUUGAGAAAUUAAUUGACGACUUAUAUAAAAUUACUCAAAAACAGCAUGAAUCACUUAGAGAUUUUAUGACUAAGUUUACUAAAGAAUCUCUUAAUAUUCCUAACUUAGAUAUGCUAACUGCUGUUCAAGCUUUGCAGAGAGGUCUCCAUCAGGGAUUCAAGUUCCAAGAGGAUCUCAUCAUGACACCAUGUAGAAACUUGGAUGAAGCAAAAGCAAGAGCAACAAGGUUCAUCAGACUUGAAGAAAACGAACUGACAACAGCAAAACUGGAAGGUUUGUCUUAUAAUCGACCGAAUUGCAAGACUGAGACUCCAGUCUUCAAGCCAAGGCAUAAACCAUAUACAAGACAUGUUCAGAAUCAAAUUGGUGUUGUUGAAGAAGAAGAAAGGGUUGAGUACCCUACACUAUCAACAUAUUGCUUCACUGUUGGCAUACCUUGCUUGAUAAUGGCCUUGAGAAACCUUGGAGAUAAGAUUAGAUGGCCACAAAAGAAAAAUAAUAAUGGCUACUUCAAGAAGAAGGAUACCAGCCAAUGGUGUGCCUACCACGAAGACUUUGGUCACAUUACUGAAGAUUGCAAAAUGCUAAGAAGAGAAAUUUGCAUACUCUUAUCCAAAGGGUAUUUGACAGAGUUGAUGGGGAGAAAGAAGGCUAAAGACGUUGAAGGCAUGGAUCUCACCAAGCCAAAACUUGCCCAAAAAGCGGAUUCUCCACCAGCAAAUGCCAAAGUAAUUAACACUAUUUCUGGUGGGUCAGAAGUUUGUAGAACUAGUUAUUCAACAGCCAAAAGAUUUGCAAAGCAAAAUAAGGCAGAAAAAGGGAGAAGAAUGUGA